AUGGGUCCGCAUCUGCCUGUCACGGAGGGUAUUGACCCAAGUCAGCAUGACAAGUCAGCAACCGAUACGAUUCAAGAAUUACAGAAAGUCCAACUUGCCCACCAGUGGGAUCCAAAUUUACCGCAGGAGAAGAUCGAUGCUAUUAACGAGGUAAUCAAGACAGGUGAUCAGGAAAAGGCUAUCGAGAUAGAGAAGACUCUUGCCCAGGAUUCCCAGUAUGAUUUGGUUCGUGCUGCAGUGCGCAACACAGAUGGUGGAGAGAUAGCAAACACCGUGCGUGCCUGGAUACUGGGCAUGCUUUUCACUACUCUCGGAAGUGGACUCAAUAUGUUUUUGAGUAUGAGGAGUCCUGCCAUCUCAUUCCCUGCUAUCGUCGUGCAGUUGCUGGUCUAUCCGUUGGGUUGUUUGUGGGCCAAGACAAUGCCGACUCGGAAGUUCAAUACAUUCGGAGCGGAAUGGACGUUUAACCCUGGUCCAUUCACCAUCAAAGAGCAUGCGGUUAUUACAAUCAUGGCAAACGUGUCGAUCGGAUAUGCUUAUUGUACAGAUGCCCUCUUGGCACUGAAAGCAAAGCCCCUCUAUAAUAUGGAACUUGGAUGGGGAUUCCAGCUUUUAUUCGCUUUGAGCAGUCAGGUGGUUGGGAUGUCACUGGCAGGCAUUUUCCGCCGUUUCCUUGUCUGGCCCGCUGCCUUGAUGUGGCCUGGUCAGUUUGCAAACACUUCCUUGUUUUAUGCUCUUCACGACUGGAGCGCCUCAGAUGAAUCAGAGACUCAUGGAUGGAGCAUCUCACGCUACCGAUAUUUCCUAUAUGUGACAAUUGGGGCUUUUGUUUGGUAUUGGGUACCGGGAGUUCUAUGGCAAGGACUAUCUGUUUUUGCUUUUGUCACCUGGAUCCGACCCAACAAUGUGGUUUUGAACCAGUUGUUUGGAGGCUUUACAGGACUCUCCCUCAUCCCUAUCACCUUUGAUUGGACCUACGUUUCUGCAUAUCUCCAAGAUCCACUCUUGGCACCUAUCCACGCUAUUGUCAAUACUCUGAUCGGGCUUAUAAUUUUUGUGAUCAUCACCACAAUCGGGAUCUCUUACUCUGGGGCUUUGUACUCCGACUAUCUCCCUAUCAAUACAGCCAGCACCUUUGACAACACUCAGAAUGCCUAUAAUGUAACAAGAAUCCUAGGCGCUGGUUUCUCUUUUGAUGACGCAAAGUACAAGGCAUACUCACCGAUGUUCCUGGCUCCAACCUUUGCCUUGAACUAUGGACUGUCGUUUGCGGCCCUUACAGCAGCUAUUGUACAUGUCAUUCUCUUCCACCGCAAGGAGAUUUGGCAUCAAUUCAAGGCUGCUCGGGACCAGGAACCCGAUAUUCAUCUUACCAUGAUGAAGAAAUACAAAGAAGCACCUGACUGGUGGUAUGCAGCACUAUUCCUAUUCUCGAUCGCGACAGGGCUCGCAGGCAUUCUGGCGUAUGAUUCGCAACUUCCGUGGUGGGGCUUUUUUGUCUCAAUCAUCCUUGCCGUGGUCUUUAUUAUUCCGACUUGUCUGAUUCUCGGCGUCACUAACAUUAUGCUUUCGCUCAAUGUUUUGUCGCCGUUUUUGGCAGGUUUCAUGAUUCCAGGAAAGCCAAUUGGGGUCAUGGUAUUCAAAGUCUUUAGCACCAUCACCUUGGGACAAGCUCAAGUAUACUGUGCGGAUCUCAAACUGGCUCAUUAUAUGAAAGUGCCACCCCGCGUCACCUUCAUGUGUCAAGUCGUUGCCACAUUAUGGGCAAGUAUUGUUCAAAUUGCAGUUAUGAAUUGGACUCUGGGCAAUAUUGAUGAAGUUUGCACGCCUAAUCAAUCAGCACAUUUCACGUGCCCGAACGGAAGGUCCUUCUUUUCAUCCAGCAUUGUGUGGGGUGUCAUUGGCCCCCAACGCAUGUUUGGACCCGGCGGCUUGUACGUGCAAAUACAAUGGUUCUGGCUGCUCGGCGCUCUUCUCCCGGUGGCGUUCUAUGUCUUGAUAAGAUUGUUCCCUCGGACUAAGCUCAGAUUCCUAAAUGCACCUGUGAUGCUGGGUGCUAUGGCCUGGUUGCCUCCGGCCACUCCACUAAGUUUCUUUUCAUGGGCUAUCUUUGGCCUCAUCUUCAACUACUGGAUUCGACGCCGGUGGGCGGGUUGGUGGCAUACCUACAACUAUAUCACCGCCGCAGGACUUGACUCGGGCCUCAUUCUAUCCACGAUUGUGAUUUUCUUCGCGAUUACUUUGCCGAAUGUCCCGAUACCCAAGUGGUGGGGAAAUGCAGCUGUCUUUGAGACCACGGAUGCUCUUUAUACUGCAGUUCGAAAGACUGUCGCUGAAGGAGAGACUUUUGGACCUAAGGAGUGGUGA